AUGACUAUCCUAGUGUGGAACUGCCGGGGAAUGGGAUCAGCUCCAGCGGUUCGUGCUCUCGCCGAUGAGGUGAAAGGUUGCGAUCCGUUAUUGGUUUUUCUAGCAGAGACCAAAGCAACUCAUAAUAGAAUUAAAGGUCUACAAAGAAAAAUCGGUUUGACACAAGGAAUUUCGGUCAAGUCAGAUGGCCGUAGUGGGGGUUUGGCUAUGUUGUGGAAAGAAGGGUGUGAUGUUCGUUUGAAGAGCUGCUCCAAUACACAUAUUGAUGUGGUCGUGAGCGAAGGAAACGGUGAACAGCCGUGGCGUGCUACGGGGUUUUAUGGACACCCCGAUUCAGGUAUGAGAUCAAUCUCCUGGGAUUUACUUGUCUCUUUAAAAAGUCAGUGUCAAAUGCCUUGGAUUGUGUUUGGGGAUUUUAAUGAGAUUCUUAAUUAUGAUGAAAAGUUGGGUUGGUUGGAAAGAGAUGCUAGGCAGAUGAAAGGGUUUAGAGAUUGUUUGUGUUAUUGUGGGCUUAUUGACAUGGGUUUUGUGGGUCAGCGGUUUACCUGGUGUAAUGGGAGAUUUGGGGAACAACGAACGUUGGUUAGGUUAGAUAGAAUGGUAGCUAAUGAGGAGUGGUUAAACUUGUUCCCGGAAGCGAAGGUUUAUCAUAGAGCAAUGGCAGCUUCUGACCAUUGUUUACUGUCUCUGUCUCUUAGAAUGAGAGGUCCAAAAAGGGUAGUUAAGAGAAGAUUUAUGUUUGAAGAGAUGUGGACUAGGGAAGAGAGUUGCAGAGAAGUUAUAGAAUCGGCGUGGGAUCCGUGGAAUUGUAGUCCAGCAAUGUCAAUUCAGAAACGUCUUCAAAGAUGCAAAGGUCAUCUUCAGGAUUGGAACUACAAAGUAUUUGGGAAUGUUAAUAGAGUUCUGAAAUAG